AUGACAUCCAAUCCAGUUACCGAUUUGGCUCGUGCCGCACGUCUUGCCUCUGUCAGCAUGCAAGCUGUCACCAAUGAACAAAAGAACGAAGCCCUGUUGCGCAUUAAACAAGUCUUGGCCGAACGCAAGGACGAAAUCGCCAAAGCAAAUGAGAAGGACAAGCAGAUUGCAGAAGAGCAAGUAAAGGCUGGCAAGCUUUCAGGAUCUCUCUUCAAGCGUUUGGAUCUGUUCAAGGGUGACAAGUUUGAUACCGUUCUCUCGGGCGUGAGUGAUAUCGCUACUUUGCCUGAUCCUACCAAGCAAGUCACUCGUGCCGUCAAGUUGGAUGAUGGAUUGGACUUAUAUCGAAUCACUGUGCCUGUGGGUGUCUUGUUGACCAUCUUUGAAGCUCGCCCUGAAGUCGUCGUCAACAUCUCAUGUCUGGCCCUGAAAUCAGGCAAUGCCGUUAUCCUCAAGGGUGGCAAGGAAGCAACACACACCAAUGCAGCUCUCGCUAAGGUUAUCCAAGAUGCUCUUGCAAGCUUGCCAGAAUCCAAUGGUAUCCCCAAGGAGGCUGUCCAAAUCGUUGAAACAAGAGAAGAUAUCAGUGCCUUAUUGGAUCUUGACCGAUACGUGGAUCUUGUCGUUCCUCGUGGCAGCAACAGCCUUGUGCGUUAUAUCCAAAACAAUACCAGAAUUCCUGUUCUUGGCCAUGCCGAUGGUAUUUGCUCUGUUUAUUUGGAUAAGGAUCUUGAUGUUGAAAAGGCAUGCCGUAUUGUUGUGGAUUCAAAGACUGAUUAUCCUGCUGCAUGUAACUCUGCUGAACAACUUUUGGUUCACGCUUCUCUCCUCCAAACGGAUGCAUUUGCCAAGGUUGCACAAGCUCUUCUCCAAGCCAAUGUCACGCUCAAAUGCGAUCCAGAGUCUCUUGCCGCUUUGGGAUCGUCAUCCUUAAUCCCAUCUGAUUUGCGUGAAAAGGUCGUUGCGGCAGGCCCCGAGGACUAUGAUACUGAAUUCUUGGAUCACAUUAUUGCUGUCAAGGUUGUGUCAGAUGUGAAUGCUGCUGUUGAACAUAUCAAUGAGCAUGGCUCCAAGCACACUGAUGCCAUUGUCACCGAAAAUGAAGCAGCUGCGGACUAUUUCACAACACGUGUCGAUGCUGCAGGAUGUUACUGGAAUGCAAGCACCCGAUUUGCGGACGGUUUCCGAUAUGGCUUUGGUGCAGAAGUUGGCGUCUCUACCAAUAAGACACAUGCCCGUGGUCCAGUUGGCCUUGAAGGUUUGGUUAUCUACAAGUACACCGUACGCGGCAACGGACAUGCAGCAUCUGAUUUUGGAUCGGGCAAGAAGCAGUACAUGCAUAAAACCAUUGCUCCUGAGGACUACAAGGUUUAUGGUAUUGGAAGCGUCUACCCUGGAUCAGGAUUGGAAAAGCAAUAG